UCAGGGGAUGAAGGCGCCGCCGCUGACUGUUUCAUUCGAAUAGUUAGAUCAGAUACAUAUAUGUAGCAUCUAUAGUGUCGUCGUGAGUUAGAAAUAGUUUUCAAUUGAUUGGCAAUUUCUACAGAUAUUGGACACACAUUGUUCGGAACCUUAAUGUCAGAUGUCCUCUUGUUCCAGUCGGCGUGUUUUUGUAUUCGCACUUCAUUCUCGAUCAACCUGUAAAAUUUGUCAAACAUCAGGAGAGGAGCCAGGUAGGAUGCUAGAUACAUUUAAAAUCUAAAUUGGUAUUGUGGGACGUGUUGGUUAACCGAUGUAUCUGACAAAGACAUCAUCAGCUUGGUUACACGUUCUGCUGCAGCACAUACGCAGCUAGCUAGUUAUUGUUAGCUAACAUUAGAUAGGAAGUUAACGUUAGCUCGCUAACUAAAUCUGUCAUUUGUUGAUAACAACUGAACGAUGGUCCACCGCACGCUACUUUAUUCUGUUGCCUGUAUAGCCUUCUGUCAGGAAUCAAAGAUACAUGCUUAUAUGGGCUAAAAUGAUCAAACACCAGCCUAUUAGUUAGCGUACGUCGUUAGCUAGCUAGAUGCAUAGCCAGUAGCUAACGUUAGGGGAGCUAGCUAAGAGCGUAGGCUGUGGUUUAUGCCGCGUUCAAAACAACUGGGUACUCGGACAUUUCCGACUUCAGUGUGUUCAAAACAACUGGGAAUUCGGAGAAAUAAAACUAUCUCCAACUGGGAAAAAUCGAUUUGAACGGUCAUCCAACUCGGGAACUCGGGCCUCUUUCUAGAGCUCAGACCUGAAGAACACUGACGUCAUGAUUUUACCUAAAAGUUCGCAGUUCUGAACGCUGCAUUAGGGCUGUCACUCCUAUCUUAUGGUGCUUUCAAUACAAAUAAUGCCGCGUUCAAAACACCUGGGAACUCUGAAAUCUCUGCCUUCCGAACGUUCAAAACACCUGGGAACUCGGAUAAAAACGGGCUCCUACUGGGGAAAUCGAUUUGAAUGGUCAUCCAACUCGGGAACCCGGACCUCUUUAUAGAGCUCCGACUUUCCGAUCUGAAGGUCAUGAUUUGACCUCGUAUUUUCAGAGUUCGUGAACCCGGCAUAGUUAUUCGUAAAAAAGCCAAUCAUGACGUCAGUGAUAAUUUGACAGAUACAUAACUUAUGACAUUUGGCUGUGGUAACUUUUGCCGCUUUCAAAACAACGGGGAACUCGAAAAUCUCCGACUUCAGUGAGUUCAAGACAACUUGGGGGGGAAAAAAAGCUCCUUCUGAGAAACAUAUUUUGAAAAGGUCAUCCAACUCAGAAUUCCAAGUCAAACUCUGGCAUCUGUGCUUUCAAUACAACAGGGAACUUGGAAUCUUAAGGUCGGAAAGUCCGAAUUCUUUAAAGAUGCCAGUGUCCGACUUGGAAUUCUGAGUUGGAGCUCGUUUUUUCCCAGUUGUCUUGAAAGCACCAUUUGAUUGCCAGUAAGUUGGCACCAAGCGCAUCUAGCUAGCUAGGUGGCCAAAGCUAGUAUUGCAAGCAUCUGAUGUCUAUCAAACAUUACAUUUCCUGUAGCUCAGUUGGUAGAGCAUGGCGCUUGCAACGCCAGGGUUGUGGGUUCGUUUCCCACGGGGGGCCAGUAUAAAAAUGUAUGCACUCACUAACUGUAAGUCGCUCUGGAUAAGAGCGUCUGCUAAAUGACUAAAAUGUAAAAAAAUAAACUGCAUCCCCUGGUUGAAAAGAAACAGGCUGCUCGACUCCCUGGGAAGUGGGGAAAAACAGUAGCAAGUGCAACUGAGUGGACUAUCCUGGUUAAUUAACAAAUACAAAAGGCUAGCUAACUCACACUAUCGCCUCAUGGUAGGCUGUCUCUGUUUUUUAGGAAAUGGAGUUUGCGGAGCUGAUUAAGACCCCCAGAGUGGAUGGGGUGGUGCUGAGGAGACCCUUCCUGCCCACGGUGGAGGGAACUCUCUGUCUGACAGGACAUCACCUCAUACUAAGCUCCAGACAGGACAACACAGAGGAACUCUGGCUGUUGCACGCUAACAUCGACGCCAUAGAGAAGAGGUGGGUCUGUGUGUAGGGGGGAUAUUUGGGGUUAGGGUCUUGCUAGUAGGUGUAAAGACCUAAGUAUCAGGGUGAGGGGUCAAUGUUAGGAUCAGGGGUGAUGGUAAGGAGGGGUCAGGGUUAGGAAGGGGUGAGGGGGUCAAUGUUAGGAUCAGGGGUGAUGGUAAGGAGGGGUCAGGGUUAGGAAGGGGGUCAUGGUUAUGGUCAGUGUUAACCCUCUCCUCCCCCCUGUCUGCAGGUUUGUGGGGUCUCUGGGCACCAUCAUAGUCAAGUGCAAAGACCUCAGGGUGAUUCAGCUGGAUAUCCCUGGCAUGGAGGAGUGCCUCAACGUCGCCAGCUCCAUCGAGGUGAGGAGAGACUACAGUCGCCAUGUCUUAUAUUGGAACAGCAAAAGGAAUGAAUAGGAACAAUGCAGAAGGACCAGUAAACUAGGCUCUGUGUCGAUCCCACCAUGGGGAUACACCUCCAGAGGAGUUUCUGUGGUUAUAAUCUCGUUCCCAGACACUUCCGCCUAAAUGCGUGAAGAGUGGUGGACCAACGCAUCAAACUUGGCCUUCGUUAGCCGAUGCAGAGAGCCGAAAGAACCCCCCCCCCCCCCCCGGCGCCAAUAGAAUUGGCUUAAUCUACCCACCAAUCAUCUCCGACAACACCUUCCCCCUAACUCCCCCCCCCCCCGUACGCUAGCAAACCACAAGCACAGAGCCACGCCUCAGUCGUGUGAUUCACUAACAUUAAAAUAACUAAUACUUUACUCAGUAGGUCCCAUAUAAUUAUAUGGUGUCUCCUACUAAGGCCAACUUUGAGUGGUUGAUAUCCCAGGUUUAUAUGUGCAAUAGCCUGGGGAGGAGGUUACUAUGGUUCUCACAAGUUGUGGUCCCCCUUCUCUAUGAAGUGUGCACUCGUUCACUAUAAAGUGCAUCAUCAACAUAAUAUAUCUCCUCUCUCUUCCUCUAGGCUCUGUCCACUCUGGACUCUGUCUCGUUGAUGUACCCGUUCUUCUACCGGCCCAUGUUUCAGGUCAUCGAGGAUGGAUGGAACUCUUUCCUUUCAGAGGACGCCUUCAAAGACCUGGAGUCCAUGGUAAUGUAGGGCUGCUGGGACCUGCUCCGAUAAUACACUGAGUGGACAAAACAUUAAGAACACCGUCCUAAUAUUGAGUUGCACCCCCCUUUUGCCCUCAGAACGGCCUCAAUUCGUCAGGGUAUGGACUCUACAAGGUUUAGAAAGCGUUAGACAGGGAUGCUGGCCCACGUUGACUCCAAUGCUUCUCACGGUUGUGUCAAGUUGGCUGGAUGUCCUUUGGGUGGUGGACCAUUCAUGACACACACGGAAAACUGUUGAGCAGCGUUGCAGUUCUUGACACAAACCGGUGCGCCUGGCACCUACUACCAUAACCCGUUCAAAGGCACUUAAAUAUUUUGUCUUGCCCAUUCACCCUCUAAAUGGCACAGAUACACUAUCCAUGUCUCAAGGCUUAGAAAUUAUUCUAUAACCUGUCUCCUCCCCUUCAUCUACACUGAUUGAAGUGGAUUUAACAAGUGACAUCAAUAAGGGAUCAUAGCUUUCACCUGGUCAGUCUGUCAUGAAAGAGCUAUGUGUUCUUAAUGUUUUGUACACUCAGUGUAGAUUGAGCUAAUUGCCACUGGAUGUUAAAUGGCUGUUUCUAAUUGCCACUGCAUGUUAAAUGGCUGUUUCUAAUUGCCACUGGAUGUUAAAUGGCUGUUUCUAAUUGCCACUGGAUGUUAAAUGGCUGGUUUUAAUUGCCACUGGAUGUUAAAUGGCUGUUUCUAAUUGCCACUGGAUGUUAAAUGGCUGUUUCUAAUUGCCACUGGAUGUUAAAUGGCUGUUUCUAAUUGCCACUGGAUGUUAAAUGGCUGUUUCUAAUUGCCACUGCAUGUUAAAUGGCUGUUUCUAAUUGCCACUGGAUGUUAAAUGGCUGUUUCUAAUUGCCACUGGGUGUUAAAUGGCUGUUUCUAAUUACCACUGCAUGUUAAAUGGCUGUUUCUAAUUGCCACUGGAUGUUAAAUGGCUGUUUCUAAUUGCCACUGGAUGUUAAAUGGCUGUUUCUAAUUGCCACUGCAUGUUAAAUGGCUGUUUCUAAUUACCACUGGAUGUUAAAUGGCUGUUUCUAAUUGCCACUGGAUGUUAAAUGGCUGUUUCUAAUUGCCACUGCAUGUUAAAUGGCUGUUUCUAAUUACCACUGGAUGUUAAAUGGCUGUUUCUAAUUGCCACUGGAUGUUAAAUGGCUGUUUCUAAUUGCCACUGGAUGUUAAAUGGCUGUUUCUAAUUACCACUGGAUGUUAAAUGGCUGUUUCUAAUUGCCACUGGAUGUUAAAUGGCUGUUUCUUUUAGAUCUAGAUGUUUUGGUUUCCAGGUUUAUUUGUCAAAUAAGGAAAAAAGCUCUUGGGGUUCAUUAUGUUCAUUUUCAAUAGUUGUAAAUAAUGUUCUGUCAAAUCAAAUGUAUUUUAUAAAGCCCUUUUACAUCGGCAGAUGUCACAAAGUGCUAUACAGAAACCCAGCCUAAAACCCAGCUUUCCUUAAGUAUUUUAAUGAUCAAGUCCCUCCACCCCACCCUCUCCUCUCCUUCCACCCCACCCUCUCCUCUCCUCUCCCCUCUCCCUCCACCCCACCCUUUCCUCUCCCUCCACCCCACCCUCUCCUCUCCCUCCACCCCACCCUCUCCUCUCCCUCCACCCCACCCUCUCCUCUCCCUCCACCCCACCCUCUCCUCUCCCUCCACCCCACCCUCUCCUCUCCCUCCACCCCACCCUCUCCUCCCUCCACCCCACCCUCUCCUCUCCCUCCCACCCCCACCCUCUCCUCUCCUCUCCCUCCACCCCACCCUCUCCUCUCCACCCCACCCUCUCCUCUCCCUCCCUCCCUCUCUCCAUCCUAGACUGAAGAGUGGCGUCUGAGUGAUGUGAAUAAGGACUACAGUGUGUGUUCCUCCUACCCUCCCCUGGUGGCCGUACCUAAAGAUGUGGAUGACGACACCCUAAGGAAAGCUGCCGCCUUCCGCCACGGGGGGCGCUUCCCCGUUCUCAGCUACUAUCACAAGAAGAACGGCAUGGUGAGAGGAGAGCACAGCACCAUGGGAAAUGGAGUUCACAGUCACUGUUCUCGCCCACCAUGUUCAUCAUUUGUGUGCCAGAAUGACUUGAGGUCUCUUGGCUUUUCAACAUAUUAAACCCCAACUGAAAUGGUCUAUUUGAGUCAGAUCUUAAAGGGAAACUCCACCCAAAAACUAUAUUUUGGAAUUUGUUUCAUUCGUCCAUUGUUGAUAUAGUCCCAAAAAUGUUUUGCAUGUCAGCAAUCAAGUUUUCAACGUAAAUAAAAAUACAGAAAUACAGCCAGUAUGAUAGUUUUUGGGUGGCGUUUUCCUUUAAGCCUGUAAAGGUAGUAAAAGUAUAAUAUUUCUGUAUGGACAUAAAUACAUUUACAUUUUAGUCACUUAGCAGGCAUUCUUAUCCAGUGACUUGGUCAGAUAAAACCAUAGCAAGAGUGAAAUAUAACAACCUAAUUAACCAAUCAAAAUGCUCAAUUUCUGUCUUCCUCUGUGGUGUCUACUCCUUGACCCCUGACCUCUAAUCCCUGUCCCCAGGUGAUGAUGCGUUCAGGCCAGCCUCUGACCGGCACCAACGGGCGUCGCUGUAAGGAAGACGAGAAGUUGAUCAACGCCACGUUGCGGGCGGGGAAACGCGGCUACAUCAUCGACACGCGUACCGUCGGCGUAGCGCAGCAGGCCAAGGCACGGGGAGGAGGGUUCGAAUCAGAGGCCAACUACCCACAGUGGAGGAGGAUUCACAAGGCUAUAGAGAGGUGAUGGAGGUGAUGGAUGGAAGGGAGGGAGAGGUAUACAAUAACUGAUAUGAUAGAGGCCUCUACUAGCCAAAAGCCUGUAUUAGCAUGGGCAGCACCAUUAAGAUCAGCCAAUUUAUUAUACUUGUGAGCAAACGUUCCAUAACUGCAGGUGGCAAAAAAAAUCACCAACCUUUGCUUUAUACCUCUUCCAACAACACACUCCAGGUGGCAGUGUGCACCCUUUCAGUUUGUUUACCAACAUAGAAGAAGAAAAUGGACUACUUCAAAAUGGAAAUUGCCUCCCUGGCGCUGCCUGUGCACUCACAGACGGCGUAAUGGAAAUGAUACAGACGGGUUAGCUGACAACGUCACAAGAAACGAUGUGCGCGCGUCGACGGGGCAGAAGGCCGUGUGGUGUUAUGGUUCUGGACGGUCAGAUCGCUACCAACAAUGACAAGAAGAUGCCAUGUAAGGAAUCGUAGGUGGCUCGUUUUACCUUUGACUCAUGUCACAUCAAUGCUAAUAUGGCAAAAAAUCAUUGCUUGUUAGCUAGCUAACCAACAACUGUAACGAUGUAUUUGAGAGACAACAAGUCACCAACUCGGAUACUUCCUGUGCCUCGACCUGUUGCUUUGGCCUGUUGUCUCCGAGGUUUUACCUUGUUUUAUUUUGUUUCAUGUAUGUUUGUGUCAACACUUGCUACCAACUAGCCAGCUAGUUAGCUAGGUUGCAAUGGAGCCCACGUCUUCUGGAAUAGCUAACGAACGUUUCCAGCGCUGUAGAAGCUGUAUAUUACUCUCUUGUCCAGGACGAUAUUGACAAUCCGGAGUUCCAAUGUGGCAAUUGUUUACUUGCGCAGGAUUACACGAAUGAGGUGGCUAUGCUUAGCAAGCAAAUCUUAAUUCUGCGCAAACUUAUGCGGAAAAUUCUCAACUCCUAUUGCUGGACGCCGCUCGGGCCUGAUGGAUGUUUCCCCUCCUUGUCAUCUGUCCCUAUCCGAAUGGGCUGUGCUACCUGGAACUUGCCUGCCAAGGAAGUCGUCUCCAUCUGCUUCUCCUCCUCCAUCUUUUAAUGGAGUAGACGGAGAACAGCAAGAAGAUUGUUCGAAUCAGCGCUGGUCCCAUGUCACAAGUUGUGGAAACCGAAGGCAGCGGCAUGCUGCUAAGCGGACUGGAGUGACUGCGAGAGGUUCGGAGCAGAUUGACAUGAGGAAUAGCUUUCGCUGCACUGGUGCCUGAUCUACCGGCGCCUUCAUAGCUGGAAUUGUCUGCGUUGGCGAUACAGACUGCAACUACACUGAUGCCAGCAGCGGCUAUGUCGUCGAGUUCGGCUCCUUUCCCUCUCUCUGGAUCUGACGGGGCACUGCCUGCUGUGGGAGGUCUGGACCUAUUGCCGGGAGCAGCGGGCGUACGCUAUCCUGCUUCUCGUGGACCCGUGAAAGGCUCAACAAAUUGUGUGAGGGGUAGGAAUGGGCGGAUUUCUCCAUUCCCUUCUCCGGCCGUUGUAUUGGGCAGUUCAAUGGUGAGAAAUGUCUCAGUCCCUGGAGCAAAAACUUUGUGGUAUCCAGGAGCACGAGUACAGGACAUCAAUAAGCUGCUCCCAAACAUUUUAAAACCAGCAUCAGGAAAUUGAGUCAAUCAUUGUUCAUGUGGGAUUCAAUGACAUUAUGAACGGCAGCUCAGAACAGCUGAAGAUGGAUUUUAAAGAACUGAUUGGGUCACUGCUUGACACCAACAAACGCCCCAUAAUAUCUGGCCCACUGCCCUCCCUAAAUCGUGGUUUUAUUGACCAUUUUGAUACCUUCUGGAAACAAAGCUCGUUUUAUAAGGAGGAUGGGAUCCACCCAAAUCAUUUGGGUUCCUGGAUCCUUUCACAGCAUUAUAAGGCUGCGCUGAGACAAUGACUUAUCAAUGACCCAAAUCCAGCUCAGUUAAUCCCUACCAUUGUGUCGCUGAGUUGUCAUAACCUACCAGGGUAGUUACAAACAGCACAGGAAUGAAAUCAUCAUGUAUUGAUCACAUCUUUACUAAUGCUGCAGAAAUUUGCUUUAAAGCAGUAUCCAGAUCCAUCGGUUGGUAGAGCGUGGCGCUUGCAACGCCAGGGUUGUGGGUUCGAUUCCCACGGGGGGCCAGUGUGAAAAAAUAAAAAGAAUGUAUGCACUCACUAACUGUAAGUCGCUCUGGAUAAGAGCGUCUGCUAAAUGACUAAAAUGUAAUGUAAAAAUGUGAUCACAAUAUAGUAGCCAUAUCUAGGAAAACCAAAGUUCCAAAGGCUGGGCCUAAUAUAGUAUAUAAGAGGUCAUACAAUAAGUUUUGUAGUGAUUCCUAUGUUGGUCCGUGGUGUGCAAUGAGGAGCAAACAGACACUGCACUUGACACAUUUAUGAAAUUGCUUAUUCCAGUUCCUAAUAAGCAUGCACCCAUUAAGAAAAUGACGGUUAAAUCCCAUUGGAAUGAUGAGGAAUUGAAAAAUGGUAUAUUUGAGAGGGAUGAGGCAAAUAAGUCUAGCAGCACAACCGAUUGGCAAACAUACUGCAAAUUGAGAAAUCAUUUGACUAAACUGAAUAAAAAUAAGAAGAAACUACACUAUGAAACAAAGAUAAAAGACAUAAAUAAUGUAGUAAAAAGCUUUGGAGCACCUUAAAUGAAAUUUUGGGCAAAAAGGCAAACUCAGCUCCAUCAUUCAUUGAAUCAGAUGGCUCACUCAUCACAAAACCCACUGAUAUUGCCAACUGCUUUAAUGAUUUUUUUCAUUGGCAAGAUUAGCAAACGUAGGCAUGACAUGCCAGCAACAAACGCUGACACUACACAUCCAAGUAUAUCUGACCAAAUUAUGAAAGACAAGCAUUGUAAGUUUAAAUUCCGUAAAGUGAGUAUUUUCCAGGAGAGCCUGAUAAAGCUGGUAGAAGCCUGUAAUGACCUCCCAUCUCCUCCCCCCCCCCCCCCCCCCCAGGUCCAGUAUUCUCCAGGAGAGCCUGAUAAAGCUGGUAGAAGCCUGUAAUGACCUCCCAUCUCCCCCCCCCCCCCCCCCCCCCCCCCCCAGGUCCAGUAUUUUCCAGGAGAGCCUGAUAACGCUGGUAGAAGCCUGUAAUGACCUCACAUCUCCUCUCUCCCCCCCCCCCAGGUCCAGUAUUCUCCAGGAGAGCCUGAUAAUGCUGGUAGAAGCCUGUAAUGACCUCACAUCUCCUCUCUCCCCCCCCCCCCCCCCCCCCCCCCAGGUCCAGUAUUCUCCAGGAGAGCCUGAUAAAGCUGGUAGAAGCCUGUAAUGACCUCACAUCUCCUCUCUCCCCCCCAGGUCCAGUAUUCUCCAGGAGAGCCUGAUAAAGCUGGUAGAAGCCUGUAAUGAUCUCCUCUCUCCCCCCAGGUCCAGUAUUCUCCAGGAGAGCCUGAUAAAGCUGGUAGAAGCCUGUAAUGAUCUCCUCUCUCCCCCCCAGGUCCAGUAUUCUCCAGGAGAGCCUGAUAAAGCUGGUAGAAGCCUGUAAUGAUCUCCUCUCUCCCCCCCAGGUCCAGUAUUCUCCAGGAGAGCCUGAUAAAGCUGGUAGAAGCCUGUAAUGAUCUCCUCUCUCCCCCCCCAGGUCCAGUAUUCUCCAGGAGAGCCUGAUAAAGCUGGUAGAAGCCUGUAAUGACCUCCCAUCUCCUCUCUCCCCCCCCCCAGGUCCAGUAUUCUCCAGGAGAGCCUGAUAAAGCUGGUAGAAGCCUGUAAUGAUCUCCUCUCUCCCCCCCCAGGUCCAGUAUUCUCCAGGAGAGCCUGAUAAAGCUGGUAGAAGCCUGUAAUGACCUCCCAUCUCCUCUCUCCCCCCCAGGUCCAGUAUUCUCCAGGAGAGCCUGAUAAAGCUGGUAGAAGCCUGUAAUGACCUCCCACCUCCUCUCUCCCCCCCCAGGUCCAGUAUUCUCCAGGAGAGCCUGAUAAAGCUGGUAGAAGCCUGUAAUGACCUCCCAUCUCCUCUCUCUCCCCCCCAGGUCCAGUAUUCUCCAGGAGAGCCUGAUAAAGCUGGUAGAAGCCUGUAAUGACCUCACAUCUCCUCUCCCCCCCAGGUCCAGUAUUCUCCAGGAGAGCCUGAUAAAGCUGGUAGAAGCCUGUAAUGAUCUCCUCUCUCCCCCCCAGGUCCAGUAUUCUCCAGGAGAGCCUGAUAAAGCUGGUAGAAGCCUGUAAUGAUCUCCUCUCUCCCCCCCAGGUCCAGUAUUCUCCAGGAGAGCCUGAUAAAGCUGGUAGAAGCCUGUAAUGAUCUCCUCUCUCCCCCCCAGGUCCAGUAUUCUCCAGGAGAGCCUGAUAAAGCUGGUAGAAGCCUGUAAUGACCUCCCAUCUCCUCUCUCCCCCCCAGGUCCAGUAUUCUCCAGGAGAGCCUGAUAAAGCUGGUAGAAGCCUGUAAUGACCUCCCAUCUCCUCUCUCCCCCCCAGGUCCAGUAUUCUCCAGGAGAGCCUGAUAAAGCUGGUAGAAGCCUGUAAUGACCUCACAUCUCCUCUCUCCCCCCAGGUCCAGUAUUCUCCAGGAGAGCCUGAUAAAGCUGGUUGGUCCCGUAUUCUCCAGAGAGCCUUAUAAAGCUGGUAGAAGCCUGUAAUGACCUCCCAUCUCCUCUCUCCCCCCCAGGUCCAGUAUUCUCCAGGAGAGCCUGAUAAAGCUGGUAGAAGCCUGUAAUGACCUCCCAUCUCCUCUCUCCCUCCCAGGUCCAGUAUUCUCCAGGAGAGCCUGAUAAAGCUGGUAGAAGCCUGUAAUGAUCUCCUCUCCCCCCCAGGUCCAGUAUUCUCCAGGAGAGCCUGAUAAAGCUGGUAGAAGCCUGUAAUGACCUCACAUCUCCUGCUCUCCCCCCCAGGUCCAGUAUUCUCCAGGAGAGCCUGAUAAAGCUGGGUAGAAGCCUGUAAUGACCCUCCCAUCUCCCCUCUCCCCCCCAGGUCCAGUAUUAUCCAGGAGAGCCUGAUAAAGCUGGUAGAAGCCUGUAAUGAUCUCCUCUUCUCCCCCCCAGGUCCAUUAUUCUCCAGGAGAGCCUGAUAAAGCCGGUAGAAGCCUGUAAUGACCUCCCAUCUCCUCUCUCCCCCCCAGGUCCAGUAUUCUCCAGGAGAGCCUGAUAAAGCUGGUAGAAGCCUGUAAUGAUCUCCUCUCUCCCCCCCCAGGUCCAGUAUUCUCCAGGAGAGCCUGAUAAAGCUGGUAGAAGCCUGUAAUGACCUCACAUCUCCUCUCUCCCCCCCAGGUCCAGUAUUCUCCAGGAGAGCCUGAUAAAGCUGGUAGAAGCCUGUAAUGAUCUCCUCUCUCCCCCCCCAGGUCCAGUAUUCUCCAGGAGAGCCUGAUAAAGCUGGUAGAAGCCUGUAAUGACCUCCCAUCUCCUCUCUCCCCCCCAGGUCCAGUAUUCUCCAGGAGAGCCUGAUAAAGCUGGUAGAAGCCUGUAAUGACCUCCCAUCUCCUCUCUCUCCCCCAGGUCCAGUAUUCUCCAGGAGAGCCUGAUAAAGCUGGUAGAAGCCUGUAAUGACCUCCCAUCUCCUCUCUCCCCCCCCCCAGGUCCAGUAUUCUCCAGGAGAGCCUGAUAAAGCUGGUAGAAGCCUGUAAUGACCUCCCAUCUCCUCUCUCCCCCCCCAGGUCCAGUAUUCUCCAGGAGAGCCUGAUAAAGCUGGUAGAAGCCUGUAAUGACCUCCCAUCUCCUCUCCUCUCUCCCCCCAGGUCCAGUAUUCUCCAGGAGAGCCUGAUAAAGCUGGUAGAAGCCUGUAAUGACCUCCCAUCUCCUCUCUCCCCCCCCCAGGUCCAGUAUUCUCCAGGAGAGCCUGAUAAAGCUGGUAGAAGCCUGUAAUGAUCUCCUCUCUCCCCCCCAGGUCCAGUAUUCUCCAGGAGAGCCUGAUAAAGCUGGUAGAAGCCUGUAAUGACCUCCCAUCUCCUCUCUCCCCCCCAGGUCCAGUAUUCUCCAGGAGAGCCUGAUAAAGCUGGUAGAAGCCUGUAAUGAUCUCCUCUCUCCCCCCCAGGUCCAGUAUUCUCCAGGAGAGCCUGAUAAAGCUGGUAGAAGCCUGUAAUGACCUCACAUCUCCUCUCUCCCCCCCAGGUCCAGUAUUCUCCAGGAGAGCCUGAUAAAGCUGGUAGAAGCCUGUAAUGACCUCCCAUCUCCUCUCCUCUCUCCCCCCAGGUCCAGUAUUCUCCAGGAGAGCCUGAUAAAGCUGGUAGAAGCCUGUAAUGACCUCACAUCUCCUCUCUCCCCCCCAGGUCCAGUAUUCUCCAGGAGAGCCUGAUAAAGCUGGUAGAAGCCUGUAAUGAUCUCCUCUCUCCCCCCCAGGUCCAGUAUACUCCAGGAGAGCCUGAUAAAGCUGGUAGAAGCCUGUAAUGACCUCACAUCUCCUCUCUCCCCCCCCCCCAGGUCCAGUAUUAUCCAGGAGAGCCUGAUAAAGCUGGUAGAAGCCUGUAAUGAUCUCCUCUCUCCCCCCCAGGUCCAGUAUUCUCCAGGAGAGCCUGAUAAAGCUGGUAGAAGCCUGUAAUGACCUCCCAUCUCCUCUCUCCCCCCAGGUCCAGUAUUCUCCAGGAGAGCCUGAUAAAGCUGGUAGAAGCCUGUAAUGAUCUCCUCUCUCCCCCCCCAGGUCCAGUAUUCUCCAGGAGAGCCUGAUAAAGCUGGUAGAAGCCUGUAAUGACCUCACAUCUCCUCUCUCCCCCCCAGGUCCAGUAUUCUCCAGGAGAGCCUGAUAAAGCUGGUAGAAGCCUGUAAUGAUCUCCUCUCUCCCCCCCCAGGUCCAGUAUUCUCCAGGAGAGCCUGAUAAAGCUGGUAGAAGCCUGUAAUGACCUCCCAUCUCCUCUCUCCCCCCCCCCAGGUCCAGUAUUCUCCAGGAGAGCCUGAUAAAGCUGGUAGAAGCCUGUAAUGACCUCACAUCUCCUCUCUCCCCCCCCCCAGGUCCAGUAUUCUCCAGGAGAGCCUGAUAAAGCUGGUAGAAGCCUGUAAUGACCUCCCAUCUCCUCUCUCCCCCCCAGGUCCAGUAUUCUCCAGGAGAGCCUGAUAAAGCUGGUAGAAGCCUGUAAUGACCUCCCAUCUCCUCUCUCCCCCCCAGGUCCAGUAUUCUCCAGGAGAGCCUGAUAAAGCUGGUAGAAGCCUGUAAUGAUCUCCUCUCUCCCCCCAGGUCCAGUAUUUUCCAGGAGAGCCUGAUAAAGCUGGUAGAAGCCUGUAAUGAUCUCCUCUCUCCCCCCCCAGGUCCAGUAUUCUCCAGGAGAGCCUGAUAAAGCUGGUAGAAGCCUGUAAUGAUCUCCUCUCUCCCCCCCCAGGUCCAGUAUUCUCCAGGAGAGCCUGAUAAAGCUGGUAGAAGCCUGUAAUGACCUCCCAUCUCCUCUCUCCCCCCCAGGUCCAGUAUUCUCCAGGAGAGCCUGAUAAAGCUGGUAGAAGCCUGUAAUGACCUCCCAUCUCCUCUCUCCCCCCCCCCAGGUCCAGUAUUCUCCAGGAGAGCCUGAUAAAGCUGGUAGAAGCCUGUAAUGACCUCCCAUCUCCUCUCUCCCCCCCAGGUCCAGUAUUCUCCAGGAGAGCCUGAUAAAGCUGGUAGAAGCCUGUAAUGACCUCCCAUCUCCUCUCUCCCCCCCCCAGGUCCAGUAUUCUCCAGGAGAGCCUGAUAAAGCUGGUAGAAGCCUGUAAUGACCUCACAUCUCCUCUCUCCCCCCCCAGGUCCAGUAUUCUCCAGGAGAGCCUGAUAAAGCUGGUAGAAGCCUGUAAUGAUCUCCUCUCUCCCCCCCCCAGGUCCAGUAUUCUCCAGGAGAGCCUGAUAAAGCUGGUAGAAGCCUGUAAUGAUCUCCUCUCUCCCCCCCCAGGUCCAGUAUUCUCCAGGAGAGCCUGAUAAAGCUGGUAGAAGCCUGUAAUGACCUCCCAUCUCCUCUCUCCCCCCCAGGUCCAGUAUUCUCCAGGAGAGCCUGAUAAAGCUGGUAGAAGCCUGUAAUGAUCUCCUCUCUCCCCCCCAGGUCCAGUAUUCUCCAGGAGAGCCUGAUAAAGCUGGUAGAAGCCUGUAAUGACCUCCCAUCUCCUCUCUCCCCCCCAGGUCCAGUAUUCUCCAGGAGAGCCUGAUAAAGCUGGUAGAAGCCUGUAAUGAUCUCCUCUCUCCCCCCCAGGUCCAGUAUUCUCCAGGAGAGCCUGAUAAAGCUGGUAGAAGCCUGUAAUGACCUCACAUCUUCUCUCUCUCCCCCCAGGUCCAGUAUUCUCCAGGAGAGCCUGAUAAAGCUGGUAGAAGCCUGUAAUGACCUCCCAUCUCCUCUCUCCCCCCCAGGUCCAGUAUUCUCCAGGAGAGCCUGAUAAAGCUGGUAGAAGCCUGUAAUGAUCUCCUCUCUCCCCCCCAGGUCCAGUAUUCUCCAGGAGAGCCUGAUAAAGCUGGUAGAAGCCUGUAAUGACCUCCCAUCUCCUCUCUCCCCCCCAGGUCCAGUAUUCUCCAGGAGAGCCUGAUAAAGCUGGUAGAAGCCUGUAAUGACCUCCCAUCUCCUCUCUCCCCCCCCAGGUCCAGUAUUCUCCAGGAGAGCCUGAUAAAGCUGGUAGAAGCCUGUAAUGAUCUCCUCUCUCCCCCCAGGUCCAGUAUUCUCCAGGAGAGCCUGAUAAAGCCUGUAAUGAUCUCCUCUCUCCCCCCCAGGUCCAGUAUUCUCCAGGAGAGCCUGAUAAAGCUGGUAGAAGCCUGUAAUGACCUCCCAUCUCCUCUCUCCCCCCAGGUCCAGUAUUCUCCAGGAGAGCCUGAUAAAGCCUGUAAUGAUCUCCUCUCUCCCCCCCCAGGUCCAGUAUUCUCCAGGAGAGCCUGAUAAAGCUGGUAGAAGCCUGUAAUGAUCUCCUCUCUCCCCCCCCAGGUCCAGUAUUCUCCAGGAGAGCCUGAUAAAGCUGGUAGAAGCCUGUAAUGACCUCCCAUCUCCUCUCCCCCCCCCCCCCCCCAGGUCCAGUAUUCUCCAGGAGAGCCUGAUAAGCUGGUAGAAGCCUGUAAUGACCUCCCAUCUCCCCUCUCCCCCCCCCCCCAGGUCCAGUAUUCUCCAGGAGAGCCUGAUAAAGCUGGUAGAAGCCUGUAAUGACCUCCCAUCUCCCCUCUCUCCCCCCCAGGUCCAGUAUUCUCCAGGAGAGCCUGAUAAAGCUGGUAGAAGCCUGUAAUGACCUCCCAUCUCCCCUCUCUCCCCCCCAGGUCCAGUAUUCUCCAGGAGAGCCUGAUAAAGCUGGUAGAAGCCUGUAAUGACCUCCCAUCUCCUCUCCCCCCCCCCCAGGUCCAGUAUUCUCCAGGAGAGCCUGAUAAAGCUGGUAGAAGCCUGUAAUGACCUCCCAUCUCCUCUCUCCCCCCCCCCCCCCCCAGGUCCAGUAUUCUCCAGGAGAGCCUGAUAAAGCUGGUAGAAGCCUGUAAUGACCUCCCAUCUCCUCUCCCCCCCCCCCCCAGGUCCAGUAUUCUCCAGGAGAGCCUGAUAAAGCUGGUAGAAGCCUGUAAUGACCUCCCAUCUCCUCUCUCCCUCCCCCCCCCAGGUCCAGUAUUCUCCAGGAGAGCCUGAUAAAGCUGGUAGAAGCCUGUAAUGAUCUCCUCUCUCCCCCCAGGUCCAGUAUUCUCCAGGAGAGCCUGAUAAAGCUGGUAGAAGCCUGUAAUGACCCUCCCAUCUCCUAUCUCUCCCCCCCCCCCCCCCCCCCCCAGGUCCAGUAUUCUCCAGGAGAGGAGAGCCUGAUAAAGCUGGUAGAAGCCUGUAAUGACCUCCCAUCUCCUCUCUCCCCCCCCCCAGGUCCAGUAUUCUCCAAGGAGAGCCUGAUAAAGCUGGUAGAAGCCUGUAAUGACCUCCCAUCUCCUCUCUCCCUCCCCCCCCCAGGUCCAGUAUUCUCCAGGAGAGCCUGAUAAAGCUGGUAGAAGCCUGUAAUGACCAGAACCACAGUAUGGACCGCUGGCUCAGUAAACUAGAAGCUUCUAACUGGCAGACUCACGUCAAGGAGAUCCUCACUACUGCCUGUCUGGCUGCUCAGUGCAUUGACAGGUAGGUAACUACUGUAGACAUCUCUCUCUCUCUCUGUCUCUCUGUCUCUCUGUCUCUCUGUCUCUCUGUCCUCUCUCUGUUUCUCUAUCUCUCUCUAUAUCUGUCUGUCUCUUUCUCUAUCACUCUUUCUCUCUCUCUCUCUGUCUCUCUCUCUAUAUCUGUCUGUCUCUUUCUCUAUCACUCUUUCUCUCUCUCUCUCUGUUUCUCUAUCUCUCUCUCUGUUUCUCUCUCUCUCUCUCUCUGUUUCUCUAUCUCUCUCUCUCUCUCUCUCUCUCUCUCUCUAUAUCUGUCUGUCUCUAUCACUCUUUCUCUCUGUUUCUCUAUCUCUCUGUUUCUAUCUCUCUAUCUGUCUGUUUCUGUCUCUCUUUCUCUAUAUCUCUCUGUUUCUGUCUAUCUCUGUCUCUCUCUUUCUCUCUCUCUUUAAGUUAAACUCAAUUAACCAUUCUCCCUCUGGCGGCUGUGUGUCUCAGGGAGGGUGCGUCAGUACUUGUGCAUGGGACAGAAGGGACAGACUCGACCCUACAGGUGACGUCUCUAGCUCAGAUCAUCCUGGACCCAGCCUGCAGGACCAUACAGGGAUUCCAAGCUUUAGUGGAGAGAGAGUGGCUGCAGGUAACACACAGACAGACAGACAGACACUCUGAGCCUGAGCUAUCCUGACACCCCCCCCCCCCCCCCCAAUAGCAAGCCUUCUCUCUCUCUCUCAAAAUUCAAUGAGGCUUGUGUGUAGAUUGAUGAGGGGGGGGGGGGGGGGGGGGGGGGGGGUUUAAAUUUAUUUUAGAAUAAGUCUGUAACGUAACAAAGUGGAAAAAGUAAAGCGGUCUGAAUACUUUCCGAACGCUCUGUAUAUACACUUAGAAAUGUCCUUGUUUUUGAAAGAAAAGCAAACAUUUUUGUCCAUUAAAAUAACAUCAAAUUGAUCCGAAAUACAGUGUAGACAUUGUUAAUGUUGUAAAUGGCUUUUGUUGCUGGAAACGGCUAAUUCUUAAUGGAAUAUCUACAUAGGCGUACAGAGGCCCAUUAUCAGCAACCAUCAGUCCUGUGUUCCAAUGGCACGUUGUGUUUGCUAAUCCAAGUUUAUCAUUUUAAAAGGCUAAUUGAUCAUUAGAAAACCCUUUCGCAAUUAUGUUAGCACAGCUGAAAACUGUUGUUCUGAUUAAAGAAGCAAUAAAACUGCCCUUCUUGAGACUAGUUGAGUAUCUGGAGCAUCAGCAAUUGUGGUUUCGAUUACAGGCUCAAAAUGGCCAGAAACAAAUAACUUUCUUCUGAAACUCAUCAGUCUAUUCUUGUUCUGAGAAAUGAAGGCUAUUCCAUGCGAGAAAUUGCCAAGAAACUGAAGAUAUCAUACAACGCUGUGUACUACUCCCUUCACAGAACAGCGCAAACUGGCUCUAACCAGAAUAGAAAGAAGAGUGGGAGGCCCCGGUGCACAACUGAGCAAGAGGACAAAUACAUUAGUGUUUGAGAAACAGACACCUCACAGGUCCUCAACUGGCAGCUUCAUUAAAUAGUACCAGCAAAAUACCAGUCUCAACGUCAACAGUGAAGAGGCGACUCUGGGAUGCUGACCUUCUAGGCAGAGUUGCAAAGAAAAAGCCAUAUCUCAGACUGGCCAAUAAAAAGAAAAGAUUAAGAUGGGCAAAAGAACACAGGCACUGGAUAGAGGAAAAUUCGAAAAAGGUGUUAUGGACAGACAAAUCGAAGUUUUAGGUGUUCGGAUCACAAAGAAGAACAUUUGUGAGACUCAGACCAAAUGAAAAUAUGCUGGAGGAGUGCUUGAUGACAUCUGUAAAGCAUGGUGGAGGGAAUGUGAUGUUCUGGGGGUGCUCUGGUGGUGGUAAAGUGGGAGAUUUGUACAGGGUAAAAGGGAUCUUGAAGAAGAAAGGUUAUCACUCCAUUUUGCAACGCUAUGCCAUACCCUGUGGACGCCGCUUGAUUGGAACCAAUGUCCUCCUACAACAGGACAAUGACCUAAAGCACAGCUCCAAGCUAUGCAAGAACUAUUUAGGGAAGAAGCAGUCAGCUGGUAUUCUGUCUAUAAUGGAGUGGCCAGCACAGUCACCGGAUCUCGACCCUAUUGAGCUGUUGUGUGGGCAGCUUGACCGUACGGUACGUAAGAAGUGCCCAUCAAGCCAAUCCAACUUGUGGGAGGUGCUUCAGUAAAUAUGGGGUGAAAUCUCUUCAGAUUACCUCAACAAAUUGACAACUAGAAUGCCAAAGGUCUGUAAGGCUGUAAUUGCUGCAAAUUGAGGAUUAUUUGACAAAAGUAGUUUGAAGGACACAAUUAUUAUUUCAAUUAAUAAUCAUUAUUUCUAACCUUGUCAAUGACUACAUGUCCUAUUCAUUCUAAUAUAUUUCCUAUUCAAACUCAUUUCAUGUAUGUUUUUAUGGAAAACAAGGACAUUUCUAUGUGACCCCAAACUUUUGAACGGUAGUGUAUAUUGAAGAGGGUGGGGCUCAAGCUGCAUCCCUGUCUCACCCCACGGCCCUGUGGAAACAAAUCUGUGUUUUGUGUACAUUUAUUUUAUAAUAUCGUAGGUUUUCCCUCCACCGCUUUCCAUCAGUUUAUACAUCAGGCUUUUUUUUAAAGCAACAAAGUAUGAGAAUACGUUGUUUUGGUUUGUUGGUUUGUCAAUAUAGCCUUGUUCAUAUUUGGCCGUUUUUUUAAAUUACUCAUCCAAUUAUUCCUAUUCAAAUCUGUUCUUUUUCCUGCAGUCUGAACAGUCAAAAAGCACAUGGAAUAUGAUAUUUCAAGCCAAAUUUCAAAUCACCUUCGUAGGUGGUUUUAAAUCAGAUACAAAUCUGAUUUCUGGCCAUGCGACUUGUCUGAACGGUCAAAUCUGAUUUAUUUGCCCUUAAGUGGUUUUUAGACUGUUAUUUGGCUUGUUGCUGGCUAGCUACUCUUUUGACAGUUUGACAAGAACAUGUGGAAGCUAACUAGCUUGUUUACAAACAAAUUAGUGAUUGUGGCCAAAAAGGACUCGUUUUGAAAGUUGGAUCAUCUUUUACUUUGGGGUUUUAAAAUUGUUCUUACACUGAUUUUCACCAUUCAAAGCAACUGGGAAACAUCCAUAGCAGGCAUUGUUGUCACCUUCGCUUGCUAUAUAACUUCUGAGUGAUACGAAGCAUGAGCACCACCACCAAUUGGCCUACACCACUGUGUACACAUCGGUCGUUACUAUGACAACUAGCAUAGCCAUGUCAGCAAAUGACUGUUGUCUGAACACUCGCAUCCGAUUUGGUCACUUGUAACUUGCUGUUUGGACAGUCAGUAUUCCAAAACGGAUUUGAAAAACAACUGAUUUGAGAAUUAAGGCCUGCAGUGUGAACAAGGCUUAAGGUUGUGCAGGAGGUAUACGUGGUCUGUCAAACGAUAUUUUGGUAAGAAGACAAUUUUGACAUUUCCUCAGGACAUUGUUUUCACUGAGGAAAUGUUGGAGUCUGCAGAGGAUUUUUCAGAGACUGCUGUUGAAACCGAUUCCAUGGUAAUUAAUGGGGUCAAAUUUGUCUCCCACUUUUGUGGAUUGGAGUGAUCAGACCUUGCUUCCAAAUAUUGGGGAAGAUGCCAGAACUUAGGAUAAUGUUGAAGAGUUUAAGAAUAGCCUGUUUUGAAUUGUCUGUAUAUUUUAUCAUUUCAUUUAGUAUACCAUCAACACCACAGGCCUUUUUUGGGUUGGAGGGUUUGUAUUUUGUCCUCUAGCUCAUCCAAUGUAAUUGGAGAAUCCAGUGGGUUCUGGUAAUCUCUAAUAGCGGAUUCUAUGUUUUGUAAACGGUCAUGGAUAUGUUUUUUGCUCAUGGUUCUUUGUUAUAUAUCUCUCCCUCCUCCAUCUAGGCGGGCCAUCCGUUCCAGCAGCGUUGUUCCCAGUCAGCCUACAGUAACAGUAAGCCCCGUUGUGAAGCCCCGGUGUUCCUGCUCUUCCUAGACUGUGUGUGGCAGAUCCUCCGCCAGUUUCCCUGCUCCUUCCAGUUCUCGCAACACUUCCUGGUUCUGCUCUUCGAACACGCCUACGCCUCGCAGUUCGGGACCUUCAUGGGUAACAGUGCUUCCGAGAGGUCAGUCAGAGAAUUACGUCCUGAGAGUCAUACGUUAUGUUUAGUUAUGACUCAUUCCACAUUUUGUUGUGCUACAGCCUGAAUUCAAAAUAGAUUCAAUGUAUUUAUUUUCUCACCCGUCUGCACACAAUACCCCAUAAUAACAAAGUGAAAACAUGUUUUUGGAAAUGUUAGCAAAUGUAUUGAAAAUUAAAUACAGAAAUAUCUCUUUUACAUAGGUAUUCACACCCCUGAGUCAAUACAUGUUAGAAUCACCUUUGGCAGCGAUUACAGUUGUGUGUCUUUCUGGGUAAGUCUCUAAGAGCUUUCCACACCUGGAUUGUGCAAUAUUUGCACAUUAUUCUUUAAAUAAUUCUUCAUGUUCUAUCAAGUUGAUCAUUGCUAGAAAACCCUUUUCAGGUCUUGCCAUAGAUUUUCAAGCCAAUUUAAGACAAAACUGUAACUAGGCCACUCAGGAACAUUCAAUGUCGUCUUGGUGAGCAACUCUAGUGUAUAUUUGGCCUUGUGUUUCAGGUUAUUGUCCUGCUGAAAGGUGAAUUUGUCUCCUAGUGUCUGUUGAAAAGCAGACUGAACCAAGUUUUCCUCUAGGAAAAAAAAACUCCCUAGUCCUUGUUGAUGACAAGCAUACCCAUAACAGGAUGCAGCCACCACCACGCUUGAAAAUAUGAAGAGUGGUACUCAGUGAUGUGAUGUGUUGGAUUUGCCCCAAACAUAACGCUUUGUAUUCAGGACAUAAAGUGAAUGUCUUUGCCACAUUUCUUUUGCAGAUUUACUUUAGUGCCUUCUUGCAAACAGGAUGCAUGUUUUGGAAUAUUUUUAUUCUUUACAGGAUUUUUUCUUUUCACUCUGUCAUUUAGGUUAAUAUUGUGGAGUAACUACAAUGUUGUUGAUCCAUCCUCAGUUUUCUCCUAUCACAGCCAAUAAAUUCUGUAACUGUUUUAAAGUCACCAUUGGCCUCAUGGUGAAAUCCCUGAGCGGUUUCCUUCCUCUACGACAACUGAGUUAGGAAGGACGCAUGUACCUUUGUAGUGACUCUGUGUAUUGAUACACCAUCCUAAGUGUAAUUAAUAACUUCACCAUGCUCAAAGGGAUAUUCAAUGUCUGCUUAUUUUUAUUUAUACCAAUCUACCAAUAGGUGGGCUUCUUUGCGAGGCAUUGGAAAUCCUCCCUGGUCUUUGUGGUUGAAUCUGUGUUUGAAAUUCACUGCUUGACUGAGGGACCUUACAGAUAAUUGUAUGUGUGGGGUACAGAGAUGAGGUAGUCAUUAGAAAAAUCAUGUUAAACACUAUUAUUGCACACAGAGUGACUCCAUGCUAUUUAUUAUAUGACAAAAGGGUUGAAUACUUAUUGACCCAAGACAUUUCAGCUGUUCAUUUUUAAUUUAUUUGUAAACAUUUCUAAAAAACUUAAUUCCACUUUGACAUUAUGGGGUAUUGUGUGUCGGCCAGUGACAAAUACAUCUCAAAUUCAGGCUGUAACAACAAAAUGUGGAAAAGGUCAAAGGGUGUGAAUACUUCCUGAAGACACUGUAUAUCUACAUGUCAUCCAUGAUAUUCCCUUUAUAGUGCUGUACAUUUGACCAGGGCCCAUACAGUACAUUGCCAGUUCUGCUGUUUCCCCUGACCUUUAACCUGUGACCUGGUCAGCCAGUCACAGGUCAGCGUUACCUCAGACAGUCAGCCAGAGAGUGUGUGGUCUACAGGGGAUAAUCUCUGUUCACUGGGGAUACACAAGUUACUGCUAAAGUUCCCCCUCUAAGUCUGACACUAAUACGUCUUUAAAGAGCCACUGCACAGGCCGAUUGGCAUGUUUUUCUGUUGCUCAUAAAAAUAAAAAUAAAAGAUUUCAGUCUUGGAGGUGUGUUUCCUGACCGAUUCCACGUUUGGUUAAUAAUGUUUUGUCCCCCAUGAAACACUGCCUAUUUCACUUCCUCAAAAUCCCCAGAAUGAAUCGAAGAUAACUCAAGGAAGCAGUCAUUAAUUCUGAUGUUCUUUUCCGAAGUUGUUUGGUGCAGCAAAUGGACAUCGUCAAAUCAAAACCCAACCUUUUUUAAUUUACCAGUUGUGACUCAUGGAUGUGAAAAAUUAUCCUAUUUACACUUUGUAGUCAAUUUUGACACCUAGAAUAACUGUUUCUGUUUUAAUAUCGACGCCACGAGCCGUUUUCAACGUUUUUUUUUUUUUUUUUUUUUUUUAAAGGCAGUCCCUCUUUAAGAGUGCAUCCUAAAUGGUACCCUAUUCCCUUUAUAGUGCACUACGUGCUCUGCUCCCUAUUCCCUUUAUAGUGCACUACGUGCUCUGCUCAAAAGUAGUGCCAUCUGGGACGCAGCCGUGCGCGUCACUCAGGGGGGGUCUGUGCUGACUGGAGUGUGUUCCCCUGCUGUUCCAGCUCCACCUGCCUUACCUCCAGCUGGGGGGAUUUAUCCUUCAUUUCAAUGAGGGAGUAGUACUCUGUGCUGGGAAGUUGACUUUUCUCUUGGGGUUGGUCGUCUGUGGGGUUAUUUUAAUGAAGAGGUCUGGUCUGACCCGCUCGGGGUAUCUUUCUCAAGGGAGAGCUUCUCCUGCUGAGCUAUUUCUUUGAUUAGGUGAAAGUCCAGCUGGAACUGUUUGGUGUUGCCCUGUACCAAUACUGUUCCAGAUUUAGUCCUCGUUGUCCAGUAUCCUGAGUUUCCACCCGUCGAUAACACCCCUCCUCUUAACAGAGGGGUAGUGUGCUAGUAUAGCACUGUGCCAUGCCAGGGGAUGGUCUGUGUGGAAGAUAAGGUUGCUUAUGUUCCCAUUUUUAUAAAAGUCAACAAAAAGUGUCUCUUGAGUUCCCAUAAGGAGCUUCAUUCUGUACUCUUUUCGUGUCUUUUCAUUAUUUACAUACACAUUUUAAUGACCUCUGAACAACGGGAGGGGGGGUGCUUCUGGGCCUGGAAAUGAUUGAUUUCCCACUGUUUCCCCCCCCCCACACUUCUGUCUCUCCCUCCCUCCCUCUCUCCCUCCACACCCCAGGUCUAAGUUGAACCUGUCUCAGAAGACGGUCUCUCUGUGGUCGUGGGUGAACCGGCCCCAGGAAGUGGAGAGGCUGUCUAACCCGCUCUACGAGGCCAACUGUCUGGUUAUAUGGCCCUCUGUAGCCCCUCAGAGCCUGCUACUAUGGGAGGGUAAGAACCUGACUCCAUUCCUGACCCCUGACCCCUGAGCCCUGACCAAACGUUCUGCCCACUCCCAGGUCGGUGUUCAGUCUAUUCACGAGUAGAGAGGGUUUAGGGGAGCUCGACACUUACUCAUUCAGACAAACGACUUGCAACAUCAAAAAUUCCAAACCACAUUUUGUGUGAGAGCAGUUUUUUAUUUUUAGGUUGGUAGUUACUGUUAAUGUUACAAAAUAUCUGUUGUUGUGCAACAUUGUGACCAGUUAUUAUAAAAUAUUGUAGUCAGGCAACAUAUGAAAUGUGAAUAGGCAACAUUUCAUUCCGAAGUCGGAGUGUAUUUUCUCUCACUUCAGAUCAAAUAAUGUCCACCAUUGAUUUCAAUAAAUGUUGCGUUGUUUUUUACUUGGUUGCGUCAUAUUUCUUUGCAUACUUUCUGUUGCUUGCAUUGAUGCAUGCUUCAAAAUAUGUACAUACGGAGUACACGUUCGAGAAGUGCCCUCCGUGCUCCGUUUUGCAUACUUUGAUUUGGACUCAUACUCCCAUGCUUCAAUGUGCGUGCUCGGAGCACGGUGGCAUGCAUUUUGAGGAACGCCCCAUGUGUGUGUUUAGCGGUUUUUUUAUCAUGUGUCAUCAUACUGCCUGCUCUCUUCAUCCUCCUCCCUCAUUUCCUCAAUCUCUCCUGGUCACCUUCUUUCAGUCUCGCUCUUCCUACAUAUACUCACCAGGAGGGGGCAGUGUGCUGCUUGGUGUUUAGAACCACUAAACCAGGAGGGGGCAGUGUGCUGCUUGGUGUUUGAGAACCACUGAACCAGGAGGGGGCAGUGUGCUGCUUGGUAUUUUAAAACCACCGAACCAGGAGGGGGCAGUGUGCUGCUUGGUGUUUUAAAACCACUGAACCAGGAGGGGGCAGUGUGCUGCUUGGUGUUUUAAAACCACCGAACCAGGAGGGGGCAGUGUGCUGCUUGGUGUUUUAAAACCACUGAACCAGGAGGGGGCAGUGUGCUGCUUGGUGUUUUAAAACCACUGAACCAGACCAGAAAUAAACCAACUUUCUGAAGAGUCAACAACGACAGGCAUGUGUGUGUCAGGGCUCGAACAUACAGGGGAGGUUUUUGGGAACUCUCCAGGCCAGUCGAUAAUCCCUGUCAGUGGCCAGUGGAAAAAAAUAUUGUAAUAAUUAUAUUUUUAAUCUAGGCUAUAUAAUUGAUUUUUUUUUUAAACCGAUAGAUUCCCGAAGCUGUUCGUUAUGUUGAUUUUAAUUUAUCGCGCGCGCUGCACACAUAUAUAGAUAAUCUGUCGGUCAGAGAGAGAGUGCACAAACAGAUGUUUUUGGUGGAGCGAAGGCCGACAGCGACAGGGUACGAAAUAUGUUCCAAGUUUAUAUCUACCAGUAAAUGCUAAGGCAGGAAUGCGUAUGCAAACCAGGUAUUUAAAAAGUUCAGUCUCUUAAUAUUUUUAUGCGCAAUUCAGUCUUUCAUGGAAUAGCCUACCUUGAAAAUCAGACAUUUCCUCUAGGCUAUUUGGUCCUUGAAAAGUCCUUGGAAGUUGGUAGCCAAUUUAGAAAUUCUACUGCUCCAAUAUAAUUAUUCCGUGAUUUUCAUUUCUGAUCCGUUUUUUAUGAGAGAUGUAGGCACUUUUUGUCUGUUUCCCCGCCGUUUUAAUUCAAAGGUGUUGCACCAGUCUGUUAUUAUGAAUGUUGGCUUCAACUUGGUUUUCCAUACAAAGCGUUCCAUUAUAAAGGAACCAGGUUUUGGGUCUCUUUCUUGUUUUGAAACAUGCCACAGUAACCCUUCUAACGCUUCCAACAUCUCAAAUGGAGAGACUGAUCGCUACAUGGACAGUGUGUUUGUGUCGGGAGCAUGUUGUCUAUUUAGUCAGGCAAUGGCCAUAUUAUACUGACAUAUUGCGGAACGUAAAAAUAAUGUGAAUGUCAAUGCAUAAUGCCAUUUGUGUAGGCCUAAUUAAAAAAUUCAUUAUUCUUAAAGUGGUAAUGCAUACUUUUUUUGCUACAUUUUUGGGGGAUUUUUUUUCUUCUAUAGGCUAUUACAACAAAUAUAAAAUCUAGGUCCUUGAAAAUUUAUAAUUAAGUGCUUAGAAAAAGUCCUUGAAUUUGACUUGCCAAUGUCUGUAUGAACUCUGUAUAGGCUACCUGCUCAGCCUGCAAAUGAAAGAUAAAAUCCCCUGCUAUUGAAAUUAUGCACGCAUCAUAUGCCUUCCUGUCAGAUCUUGACCCAGGCCAGUGUAUUCAGGCCGGUAGCUGUCAGUUUGCCACUGGCCCGGUGUGCCCCUGGCAAAUUUACCUGAAUGUCAGGCCCUGCUGUGUGAGGUGCGCGUAGGGCUGUUAUGGCUCAACAAGCUCUGUCUCACAUCAGAAGUAAUGUUCAUCAGUGGUUCUCAAACGGGUUAAGGUUUGGGUAGGCUUUAAACAAAAAUAAAAAAAUAAACAACUUUCUAUCACUGGAUUUUGAACAUGCAACCAAACUGCAAAGAAUUCCAGUUGCCUGAAACUGAUCUUUCUAGUUCCUCUGGAUAGUUUAAGUGAAAGACAGACCAUUUAUGAAAGUCAGGCAAGAUUAUUUUUGUAACCAAUAGCAACCAAAAUACAAAGAAUUCCAGUACUAAUCUUUCUGGUUCCUCUAUGUGAAGGUGAAAACAGGCAGUAUAUGCCACCUCUGUGUGUAAAAUAGCUAGGUUAAUUAAAAUUUUCGGAUAAGUAAUCGGGCAACCCAAAGAUACUCCUAACUUGACUAAUGGGCAAGUGCCUUUCAGAGUUUAAUGUAAAUCCCUGGACAGGCUUACGAAGCUCAUAUUACCAGACGUCACUGAAUUCCACCCUGGCAUUAUCUCCAUAGCUGGGAUGGUAGCUAUUUGUGGCACGUUGACUGACUCUCUCUGCCCCCCUCCUCCAAAGUGUCCUGCGUGGUUAGCUUAUUAUAGGACGUCCUUACGGAUAUUGGGGUGUCCUCACUCACUGUCACUGUGUAGUAGGGAUGUCUCCACAGAAGGUUACGUGCUAAUUGCCGAUGUCCACCAGAUACAUAUGCGUUUUUGUUUUGCCGGAUGUCUAGGCCGCAUUUUCCGCACUUGACACCCAAGUGCUUCUCUUUUCAACUAGCUAAAAGCUAUUGGAGUCUGUGUGUUAUAGAUAUACAGUGGGGGGGGGGGAGUAUUUAGUCAGCCACCAAUUGUGCAAGUUCUCCCACUUAAAAAGCUGAGAGAGGCCUGUAAUUUUCAUCAUAGGUACACGUCAACUAUGACAGACAAAUCACAUUGUAGGAUCUUUUAAUGAAUUUAUUUGCUAAUUAUGGUGGAAAAUAAGUAUUUGGUCACCUACAAACAAGCAAGAUUUCUGGCUCUCACAGACCUGUAACUUCUUCUUUAAGAGGCUCCUCUGUCCUCCACUCGUUACCUGUAUUAAUGGCACCUGUUUGAACUUGUUAUCAGUAUAAAAGACACCUGUCCACAACCUCAAACAGUCCCACUCCAAACUCCACUAUGGCCAAGACCAAAGAGCUGUCAAAGGACACCAGAAACAAAAUUGUAGACCUGCACCAGGCUGGGAAGACUGAAUCUGCAAUAGGUAAGCAGCUUGGUUUGAAGAAAUCAACUGUGGGAGCAAUUAUUAGGAAAUGGAAGACAUACAAGACCACUGAUAAUCUCCCUCGAUCUGGGGCUCCACGCAAGAUCUCACCCCGUGGGGUCAAAAUGAUCACAAGAACGGUGAGCAAAAAUCCCAGAACCACACGGGGGGACCUAGUGAAUGACCUGCAGAGAGCUGGGACCAAAGUAACAAAGCCUACCAUCAGUAACACUCUACGCCGCCAGGGACUCAAAUCCUGCAGUGCCAGACGUGUCCCCCUGCUUAAGCCAGUACAUGUCCAGGCCCGUCUGAAGUUUGCUAGAGUGCAUUUAGAUGAUCCAGAAGAGGAUUGGGAGAAUGUCAUAUGGUCAGAUGAAACCAAAAUAGAACUUUUUGGUAAAAACUAAACUCGUCGUGUUUGGAGGACAAAGAAUGCUGAGUUACAUCCAAAGAACACCAUACCUACUGUGAAGCAUGGGGGUGGAAACAUCAUGCUUUGGGGCUGUUUUUCUGCAAAGGGACCAGGACGACUGAUCCGUGUAAAGGAAAGAAUGAAUGGGGCCAUGUAUCGUGAGAUUUUGAGUGAAAACCUCCUUCCAUCAGCAAGGGCAUUGAAGAUGAAACGUGGCUGGGUCUUUCAGCAUGACAAUGAUCCCAAACACACCGCCCGGGCAACGAAGGAGUGGCUUCGUAAGAAGCAUUUCAAGGUCUUGGAGUGCCCUAGCCAGUCUCCAGAUCUCAUCCCCAUAGAAAAUCUUUGGAGGGAGUUGAAAGUCCGUGUUGCCCAGCGACAGCCCCAAAACAUCACUGCUCUAGAGGAGAUCUGCAUGGAGGAAUGGGCCAAAAUACCAGCAACAGUGUGUGAAAACCUUGUGAAGACUUACAGAAAACGUUUGACUUGUGUCCUUGCCAACAAAGGGUAUAUAACAAAGUAUUGAGAAACUUUUGUUAUUGACCAAAUACUUAUUUUCCACCAUCAUUUGCAAAUAAAUUCAUGAAAAAUCCUACAAUGUGAUUUUCUGGAUUUUUUUUUCCUAAUUUUGUCUGUCAUAGUUGACGUGUACCUAUGAUGAAAAUUACAGGCCUCUCUCAUAUUUUUAAGUGGGAGAACUUGCACAAUUGGUGGCUGACUAAAUACUUUUUUUCCCCACUGUACACUAGGGGCUCGAUUCAAUCAGUAUCGUGGAAGUUCAGCGCUAUAGUGCGAUUUAAAUUUAAGAAGGCAAUGUUCGCACAUUCGCGGAGACUGCAUUCACGGUAAACGCUGCAUACAGUAUGUCUGCUCAAUCAGAAACAACCUUUACAUUUCAAUCGUGGUAGAACUCUAAACUUCCACGAUACGGAUUGAGCCCUAAAUCAUAUGAUUCAGAUUGUGCACAAUAUGCUCCUCCUUCCUAAACAAUCUAAAAGGUAUGCAGACGUGAAAUGCAAUUACUCAGACGAAGAAGUCCAUCAUAUGAUAAAGUGAGUCGUACCACUGGUCGAAGCCUAUCUAGAAUGUAUCAUACAUUCUCAAAGAAAAGUAUUUUCCUCAUCCGCCUGUAAUCUUUCCAAUAGGAUUAUUCUUGUAGUAUUUUUGCAGAUAAAUGAUGAAACAUUAGGCUGAUUGUCCCUCGCCUGGUGCAGGUAUAGCAAAGACAUAUGACACAAACAUGAUGAAGCAUAUUCUGACAUGUAUUGUUGUCCAAAGUUGCUGUUCAGUCCUUUUUUAAUGAAUGGGAUGAAGUGACCGUUAAUAAAAUGUGAUGGUGGAAUGCACUCAACAUAAUCAACCAUUAGCUUUGUAGGAAGGUACGGAGUUAUUGUGAUUGGUUGGUUACUUGGAUAUGAUGUGUUUGUCAUUCUCUCUCUCUCUCUCUCUCUCUCUCUCUCUCUCUCUCUCUCUCUCUCUCUCUCUCUCUCUCUCUCUCUCUCUCUCUCUCUCUCUCUCUGUCUCUGGUCUCUGUCUCUGUCUCUGUCUCUGUCUCUGUCUCUGUCUCUCUGUCUCUCUCUCUUUCCCCUCAUUCCCCUCCAGGUGUGUUCCUGCGUUGGAAGCGCAGCUCCAGGUGUCUGGACGAGGCAUAUGAUGAGAUGGUUCAUAUCAUACAGUACAACAAGGAGCUGCAGAAUAAAGUCAACAACCUCAGGAGACAGCUGGCCCAACUGGAGACUGAGGACCCUCUGCUGCAAACACCAUAG